UGGUCAGUGUGUCUCGAGACUCUGUGGAGGGAGGUGUACGGUUGGUGUUCCUCUGGUGCGUAUGUGGGGGUACGUGUCUAUAAGCAAUCCUCCCAAAACAACAGAACCAUUAACUAUACUAUGGGUGCAAUGAACAGAAUAUAGACUCUUGUGUUGCAAGAAAAGUUCCCGAUUUGCACUGAAAUACUGAAGGAUAGAACAGAAAGUGAAACCAAAAACCUAACCUGCCCUUGGCCUAAAUAAGCAGACCUAGGCCUACGUUAGUACCUAUGUGUACUAUGGUAGGCCUUGGAAAAAUCAGGUUUAGCUUUUGUCUUUUCUCAGGGCCAUCUGUAAAAUGAAUAGAACAAAAGGAAAAAUUUGUGCAACAAUGCAGCUUUGGUUGCACCAUGCACAGUGACUGGGUACUAUAUCAUGCUGGCAUGACACUUUGUGCAAUGGGUGACGCCACGGGGAGCUUGGUCACUCACAGCAGAAAAGCAGACUACACCAAGAUAGAGCAAAUUACACCAAGAUAGAGCAAAUUACACCAAGAUAGAGCAGAUUACACCAAGAUAGAGCAGAUUACACCAAGAUAGAGCAGACUACACCAAGAUAGAGCAGACUACACCAUGAUAGAGCAGACCACACCAUGAUAUUACAGUGCACACACACACCGGCAUAAUUCCUUGAUUCUUAGAAAAGAAUGAAUAUACUGUUCCCAGUAAUUUCUCUGGGAAAAAAUAUAUUUUCUUACUAAUAAAUUAAUACAAAACAGAACAUACGAAAAUAUCACUUAGUAUAAUAUAAAAAGAAACUAAUGAAGGGACAUAUACAAGAAAACCUUUAAAUCUUGUGUGUAUGUGGAGAGAAAACUGAAGGUGAGGGCGUUGUUGGUAGUGGUGUUCAUGGCCGCCUGCAGGUAGACUGUAUAUAUAUAUAUCAUGCCGGCACAAGUGGCAGACGCGGGGAUGGAAGCCCCUGACCAGGUGCUCUACAACCACAACUCUCACACCGCCGUGGCUUCUACAACCAGUAACGGGGAUGGAGCGGCGGCGCCCAUGCUGGAGGAGGAGCCCCGACCAGUGCUGGAGACCCCGUGGGAGAGGCGGGCCCGGCGACGCUCCCACUAUGUCGUCUACGUCACUACUUUUGUCAUGUCCAUUGGCUUUUCUAUAGUGUUGACUGGCGUGUGGCCUUAUCUGCAGCAGCUUGACCCUGGUGUGUCGAAGGAGUACCUGGGAUGGGUAAUUGCUGCCAACCCUCUGGGACAGAUGCUGGCCUCCCCCUUAUUGGGCUUCUGGGGCAACAAGGCUAAAUCCAACAGAGGCUCCUUCCUGCUGACUUUGAUUACCUUUACCAUAGGAAAUGGAUUUUAUGCCAUACUGAGUGUAUUUGGAUCUGCAGCACUGACUGUCAUGAUCUUGUCACGCUUUCUUGUAGGAAUCAGCUCUGCUAACAUUGCUAUCGUGAGGUCCUACAUAUCAUCCUCUACCACGACAAUGGAGAGAACAACAGCGGUUGCAUUAACAUCAGCUGCACAAGGCCUUGGCUUUAUCAUUGGUCCAGCAAUCCAGACUGCAUUAGCUGUAGCCUUUGCCCACAACACUGCCAACUACAGUAAUUCUACACUCUCCGGAGAAGGUACAGCUGAGCAAGUAGCGACAGAUGGAGUACAUAUUGAGCUGAACAUGUACUCGGCAACUGGUUGGAUUGGGGUGUUUCUUGGAAUUACAAACUUCUUUCUUUUCUUCCCUUGUGUGUAUCAGGAACACCCAAUUGCAGCCAGAGAGGCAAUGCUUCAGAAGAGACUUUCUAGGGAUGUCAGCAAAAAAUUCCCAAAGCCAGAUUAUGUUUGUUUGAUUGGAGUCCUUUUUUCAUUUUUCAUUUUCCUCUUUAUUUAUGUGCUACUUGAAACUAUAAUUGUGCCUAUGUGUAUUGACCUAUAUGCUUGGUCAGAUGAAAAAGCUAUAACAAUUGUAGGAAUUGGUCUUAGUUUAGCAGGAGCAAUGUCAAUAGUUAUGUAUGCACUAACUAGUGUUUUGACGAGACGAUUUGAUGAACGUAAGGUUUUUAUAUUUUUAGGUUUGGUGCCAAUGACGAUAGCCAUGUUAAUUCAUUUUCCAAUGGGAAAUACAUAUCCUAAAAUCAGAAAUUGUACAAUUGAAUCAUUGCCUAAUGAAGGAUUUGAUAACCCUUCAACUGUGGUUCCAGAUCUUUUAUCAUUAACAACUUUAUCAGAACACAUUAGUACAACAGAAAAACAACCUUUAAGACUAUCUGGAGAAGGAUUGAAUAGGAAAGAUUUGACAACUUCAGCACCAUCAUCAGAAAAAAUCAAUAUUUAUAAAGAGGUGGACCUUUCAACAUCCAUAUCAGGAAAUAUCAGCACUGCUAAUGAAACAGAAACCUUAGCAUUUCUGGAAAGGACAAGCAUUGGUGAUGAAGUAACAACUCCAGCGAUGAGCACUACAGGGGAUGAAAUGAAGCUUUUGUCAAGAAGAAAAAGGUAUAUAACUAGAGAGGCAACAUGCAGUGAUCUGGGGUGUCCAUCAGAGCAGGAGUGGUGCUACUACACUCCUAUUAUUGAAAUGCCCCAGCUGGCUGUAGGUGCUUUUAUAGCAGUAAUUGGUUACCCAGUAGCCUUUUCAUUGUCUAGUUCACUUUUUUCUAAAAUUUUAGGUCCCAAACCUCAGGGAGUUUGGAUGGGAAUUCUUACUAGUACGGGCAGCCUGUCUCGGGUCGUUGGUCCAAUAUGUGUAUCGUACUUGUAUACAGCACUGGGCACCAGAUGGACAUUCGGUGUACUUGUUUUACUAAUGGGCGUUACAAUUGUUGAAAUAUGCUGCUUAUAUCAGAGACUGAUACCCAUGAAAUUAGUUCGUGCAAAACCAUAACAACAAAGGCCAUUCAAAUGUUGCAAAACUACAACAUUUAAUACUUAUGUGAUUAUCUCGUUAAAGUUAUAGGUGGAAGCGUUAUACACAUAUCUUGUUUAAUAAUAAUAUUUUAUUUAAAGAUAUACAAAAGAUCAGAUUACAAUGGUCACUAGUAGGUACAGUGUUUGUAUAUUUUGAGGUACCGUAAUACUGUAUAUGAGAGAAGCUGAUAAUAUAUGAAUAGUUAACAAAAAUUUGCAAAAUUGUAUAUUGUACAGUUUUUAAGGUGCUAUUUAACCCUUCGGCUGCACGUCAUAUCAUAUGAUGGGAUACCAAAAUAUGCUCAGACUAUGCAUCACAUCAUAUGAAGAAGUAGGGAACUGCCUGAAAUUUAGAAGUCUUACACAUACAUGGGGCUUACAGUUGCUACCAUAGGCCUUCAGUAACACUCCCCUGUUUUGAUCAAAUAAUCCUGAGUCCCUCACUUUCCUUCUAGGGCCUUAGUAAAAAAAUGAGGACCAUAUCUGGCAACAUCAUCCAGUGUACUCGCCUAAUUGUGCUUGCGGGGGUUGAGCUUUGGCUCUUUGGUCCCGCCUCUCAACUGUCAAUCAACUGAGUGUGUGAACUUGCAAGGCGGCACACUCGGAGCCACUCAACUUUUAUCAAUAGCAUAUGAGGGAUUAUUAUAUAUGUCAGGCAAAAUGGGUGCCAUGUCCAAAUACUGUAUAGGAUUUAGGCUUUAUAUAUAUAUAUACUGUAUAUUUAUUAUUAUUAUUAUUAUUAUAAAUAAGUACAUGGUGUGCAUAUAUUUAUACACAUCUGUACAUACCUAUAUUUUAAAAGUUAUACCUAAUGAACCCCAUAUUUGACACAUCAGUACAACUUGUUAGAACCAAAAAACUAUAUAAAUAAAGUGAGAAACAAAGUAAAUAAAUCAGCAAAGUUAUUCCUGUGUGGCACCUCACCUCAUUUCUACUUAAACAAAAAACCCAACUUCUCCGGCCCGCUGUGGUAAAACCAUAAGAGAUACUUUUUUUACUUUUUUUUUUUUUUUUUCUUCCUGGAUGCUAAUUAUCAAUGUCAGAAGAACAAAUAAUUUUUUCAGAACAAUUUUUUUUAUGCGCACCCGAGUGUUGCAUGCUAAAAUCGCUUGAGCAGCUGAAGGGUUAAUAAUGAAAGGAACAGACUAUUACUAUUUUAGAUUGUGUAGCUUUAGAGAAGUAUAAUAACAGUAAUGACCAAAGAUUCAUGCUUACCGUGCAGACAUUUGGACCUGUGCCUGAAAAGUGUAUCUUACUCGCAUUUGGUCGUGGAAAUACACAAUGAAUUCAAUCUUUGAUCUUUGUACCACUCUUAGAUGAUAUUUUUGUUGGCUGCAUGAGCCUGGUUACUGGUGAUGUUAGGCAACUUGUUUUACAAGAAAUACAGUAGGUUUAUAUUGAAUUAAACAAAACAUGAAUCUUCUUUUAAUAAAACCCUUAAAAUUCCAAGUUAAUGGAAUACACUGAAGGAGGAAUACUGCUGAAGGGUCGGUAGGUAUGUGAUCAAGAGGAAAAAUAUAGAUUACACUUGUGUACUGUACUUGGCAGGAUAGACAAAGUAAUUAUAACAAUUGUUUGUUAGUACUGGGAUUUGUAUUUUUAAAUACUAUUAGUGUAAUUUUUGUGUUUGUUAUAUUUUAAAAUUUCAAUUACAAAAUAUAGAUGAAGCCUAGCCAGAAUGCUCACAUGUACACCAUGCAUAAUAUAGUGUCUCAGUGGGCUGAACAUACACACUAUGUAACAACAUUGAGUGCACUCUAAAAUAUGAAAUGCUUUGAACUUAAAAAGUGUGGUGCAUUGAUUAAAACUACAUAAGUAGUAAACUGACCUGUGAAAGUACAUAAGGAGUAAAUUGACCUGUACUUAACACUUUAGCAUUCCACUCUAAAAUGUGUCAUUCAAACUUUGAAAGUAAACGUAAAAUGCAUCAUCUCAAAAUUCCCCCCCAAAAAGUCACUUAAUUUAAGCUACCUUUUUACUUUUUAUUUUGUGAGCACUGCAGGAAUAGUCUAUCAGGGGACCAUCUAGAGAUCAUCUCCAACUACCUAUCACAUCACUCAAUACAAUAAUUGCUCUGCUUGUGAAUAAUUUCACUAUGCUUUGCAAAUUACCUCCAGAAAAGGAUGAAAAUUAUUUUUCUCUUUACAGUAAUAUUGAUCAAAAAUGUGUGCUCAUUACCAAUUAUUUUUAAUUAAGGAAUAUUAAAGACUUGAGGAAUGUUGACAUUUUUAUAAGCAUUUAUAACAAUUUAGCACAGUCACCCGCAAUCUUAUAUCAAUGCACCAAUCACUUGGACUGGACGAUAGUGACGGUCUCGCUUCAUGCAGGUCGGCGUUCAAUCCUUGACCGUCCAAGUGGUUGGGCACCAUUCCUUCCCCCCAUCCCAUCCUAAAUCCUUAUUCUGACCCCUUCCAAGUGCUAUAAAGAAGUAAUGGCUUGAUGCAUUCCCCUGAUAAUUAAAAAAAUAUAUUGAUACACAUUUUGUUUUGCAUUUAUACUCAAGUACAUUCAUCUGUGAACAUUUUGACACCAAGUAUAUAGAGGUACUGUAACCCAAAAGCCGAGAAAAUGUAAUGAGUAAAGAUAUUCGGCGUCACUGAGUGGGACCUUGAGAUGGGCAGAACAUUUACAGCAGGGAGUUCUUAACCUGGGGUCCAUGGACCCCCAAGGUAUCCAUGGAUGUUUGCUUUAGUCAUACUUUGCACAUGUCAUAAACUGUAUGAGGCAAUAAAUUUUAAAUAAAAUAAAGAAUAUUCAUUGUAUGUAAAGUUGUUACUGUACAUGAAUAUGUGCAUAUUUUUAGGGAGAGGGGUCAAUAGCUUUCACCCGAUUUUCAAAGGAGGUCAGUUAUUCAAAAAUAGGUUAAGAACCACUGGUUUAAAGUCAGAUAGGUGCUGAUGGGUCGGGACAUCAAAGUGCUAAGAUGCAGAAGAAGACCAAAGUGGCAUAAGUGUACUCAAUAGUCCAGUGCCUUAAUACUAGAUACCUUUUAAUUCCAAAUGGAUGCACAUACUAUGUCUUUCAUAUACUGUUCAAAGACCUGUUCUUUCAUGUUAUCUGUUAUAUACAGUACUGUACCAUACAGGUACUGUAUUUGCACAUUUUGUUUUAAAUUGUGUGUGUAAAAUAGAAAAACCCUUAAUGUGUGUACUGGAAAUGAGAGAGUAGUGUUAAAAAGAAGCAUAAACAUACAUCCAACCAUGUAGUCACCUUUAUUCUGACCAGCUUGGAACUGAACAGUUGAAAAGUAGAUUUAAGUUUUUUCAGGCAUGUCCUCCCACUCCCACUAAAUAUUCAUUUUAUAUCUGAAAAUACAUGACAAUAUAGGUUAUAAUAAAUUCAGUACUAUAAACUAAAGACUCAAAACAUUAUACAGGUCCACAUUAGCACAAAUAAUAAUAUACUGUAUUUCAUGUAUUGUAAAAGUAAUGUAUAGUGGUACACAUUAACGUGGUGUGCCUGAACAUGUGAUCUUGAAACGCUACAGAGGUUAGUAAGAUGGUGUUCAUUGAGAAGUGUGGUGGAAGUUGAGGGUCCUGGGUUACACAGAGAAGGAACACGAAGCUUUAAUUUGAGUUUUCUUGGCCACUGUCUCAAAUGUCUGUGAAUAUUAAUUGUUUGAAGUUUUAUCCUUUAAUUUUUGGAAAUCUUUAUAGAUGUUAUUCAAAUUUACAAUACUGAAUACUUACUGAAGUCAGUUCUUUUCUCUAUGAUCUUUAAAAUUGCCUUGACAUCCAUUUCUUGCAUGCUUUCUUUGAAUUUGGUUCUUCUCAUUCUCCUCCACUGACUCCUCUGUCCUAUGAAUUACUUGUGCAAUAUGUUGUUAUAUCAAUUAUCUCAGGAUCAGUAUAAUGUAUCUGUUUCUCAAGAUAGUCUGUGAUUAUUUUUGUUCAGAGUUCUGAGGACAUUAUUCCCUUAGCAUAGCCAAGAGGUUUUUGUCUUAUUAGUGUCUCCAAUUUCCUUUGCACUAAAACCUUUUAAAGUCGGCAAGGCGGUGGUUGUUGUCAUGAGGAUUAAGUCUAUCUGCUGGUCAAAUUUUGUUUCAGCCUUGCUUUUAAAUUUCAUACACUCACUCCACACAUUCUCUUGUGCUAUUGAUACUUAACAAAACCUUAUUCUUGAGUUCUAAUCUGGUUUUGAAACUACCUAUAUGUAAUAUUCUAUAUGUAAUAGAACCCAUGAGCGUCACACCAAGAAUAAAUGUCUUCUUGAUAUUCCCAGAGUCAAGAUAAAUAUGCACAAAUGCUCUAUGCAAAGAAAAUGACCCAAUUCAAUAUAUGUAACUCACUUCCUGAUGAAUUAAAAAAAAAUUGUCCAGCCUAUAUUUUAUUUCAGAGUUGAAGAAAGAUACCUAUUUUGAACUUCAUGGUAGCCCACCCUGUGCUGCUAACACUCACAGUAUCUUGUACUGUACUACCCACUUUCUUACUAAAGAUGUGCAACUUCAUCAGUAUGAUUUAUUCUAUCAAUAUUUAAUGGGGUAGUUAUUAUGUGAAUGUAAAUUCUGUUAGUAUACCCAUCAUUACAUUUAUUAGUUAGGACCUGCCCAAAAUGCUAUGAGUGUUAAUGGCUUUGCAAGUAUGUACCACUUAAUUACCAAUGUAUGUACUUUCACAACUCAAUGUACUUUGUAUACAAAUAAAUAAAUUAACAUAA